UGUGCACACAAAGUCGAAACCGGUGUGAGAGGAGGCUGUAAGUGGCAGUCUGCGGCUCGGUGCGUCACAGCCUAGUCGGGAUUUCGUGUAGCAGACGGAAACCGAGAUCCGUCGGCGGACGCGGUCACAUGGCUGGUUUGGACGUCGCGGAGACACAAUACAAUAAAGACUUUGGUUGGCACCACCGUCGGUUUGCGCUUUCGAAACCAUGCGGUCUCACUACGAAAUUGCAGAAAGUGCACUGAGACCGUCGGAACAUCUGAAGCUCGCCAUCUCAGUUGAUGAAGUCAACCCCCCGGCACCCGCCCCACCAUCCGAGUCCGGCGCCAGCGCCAGCGGGCCAACAGCGGAGGCCGCGCUGUCAGCGAGCCCUGCAGCUGGAUCCCAAGAGACAGCAUCGCGCAGGGUCUUGGCCAUCAUUUUGAAUGUAGACGCAGGCUACGAGCUAGGCGCGCUCCUCGUUUUAAGACAGCGGGCUUCGGACGGGUAUAAGACUGCGAGCAUAGCACAAUGUUUCCCUCUUGUACAAGGACUCGCGUGCAGAAAAUUUGAACGAGGGCCAGAAGGUGUUGACGUCUCGCAACAGACUAUUAACGCCACGGCCGAGAUCACAGGUUCAACAGCUCAGUCGUCUGCUGAGGCAGAUGCGGUCAUGGUUAAAACCAAUGCUGAGGCUUCUGAGGUCAAACAACAGCAAAAAGUGGAAGCCAUGACUAGCAAGCUUGAAGGCACCACAGGCGUCAACCCGACUAAUGCGUCUGCUGUAGACUUCAGCAUCACCCUCGGCCGAAUCUCCUUCAACGGCACGACACGCGACGCGACUGGGCUGCAAGAUCUGUUCGCAGUCAUAGAAGCUCAGGUUUCCGUCGCAAUGGAGCAUGCUAGCCACAGCAGCGGCAAGGGAAAUGAUGAAUACACUUGGAUUGCAGCCUAUACGGACCACAUGCCGGCUGCGCUUGUCGCGCCGAUUUUUUCAAGAUUCACCUCGUCAGCAUUCGUCCCUGUGCAAGCGCCUGGAUCGAGUGCUGCCAGCGCUGCAGCUGACAGCGAGCCACUUUCCACACGGACUGCCUCGCCCUCUCUCUCUUCCUCUGGAACGGUAUCUGCAAUGCCUACAAUACAACACGCCACCGCAUCAGAGCUCAAAAUCAGCAUCGCUACCUGGAAUGUAAACGGACAACUUCCGCCUGUGUCAUCCGCGUGUGAGCCUGCGUCAUCUGCAAUCGCCGCGUCACGGCCAAACGGUGCUCCUCCACCCGAAACAGACACACAGGGCAUAGCGCGCUGGCUGCGCGCGCAUGAAGAAAGCGACAUCAUCGUUGUAGGAUUCCAAGAGUUCGAUCUCGGGUCCACGGCUUAUCUUUAUUAUACGCCGCAACGAGAGGACGCGUGGACUGCUGCUGUCUUCUGCGCCCUGGGCCGGAGGGCUGGAGAGUAUACAAAGCUUGCAUCACGGCAGCUCGUCGGCCUGUUCAGCAUGGUCUUGGUUCGCACGUCUCUGGCUGACUGCAUUCAAGAUGUUGACACGUGCGCCGUAGGCGUCGGCCUCGGCGGGUUCGUAGCGAACAAAGGCGCAGUCGGCAUUCGCUUCCGUUUCCGCGAACGUGACGCCCCACCAUUUGAUACGGGGCGAACAUUCUGCUUUGUGAAUGCACAUCUGAGCGCAUUUGAAGGCGUCGAUGCGCUGGAGCGCCGCAGAUGGGACUGGAAUGAGAUCAUGAAGCGCCUAAAUUUCGAAUUGGACAUCAGCAGACAGCAAGGUCGGCUCGAAGGAGAGCAAGGGAUCGGGAAACUCGUCAUGGCGAGCGACAAGAGUGUCGAGAUCGCACCACCGCCGCCGACACACCUCGCUGCUGUCGCGCAGAUGAAGGCAACCCCAACAGAGAUGGGCGCUUGCACGCGGGACGUGCCAAAGACGGAGAGGGACAAGCACCGCCGUUGGAGACGCAGAUGGGCCAAGGAGCGGAAGGAGUGGCUUGACGAACGCAGAGAGUGGCUGGAUGGGAAGACGAAACAGGCCAGGGAAUUGAUGAAAGGAGCUGAUUGGGCCGGACAGGAUGGGUUAGUGUCCGCUUUGGAAACGGAAGCGCCAGAUGCUCUGCGCAUACAGCUUGGUGUGCUAGACCAUGACAUCAUCUUCUUCUCUGGAGAUCUCAAUUACCGUCUCAAUAUACACAUCAAUGAAGCGAAAAAGAUGAUAAAAAAACGUCAGUACGCUACUUUGCUCAAAUUUGAUCAACUGAAUGCCGAGCGAUCCAUCGGCGCGGUUUUCCGUCAAGGCUGGCACGAGGGUCUAAUAGCGUUCAGCCCGACUUACAAGUUCGACCUAGGCACGAACGUAUACGACACGAGCGAGAAGCAGCGCACACCUGCCUGGUGCGACCGAGUGCUCUGGCAUACGCCUAUGCGCAUCUCAAAAGAUGUGGAAAAGCUGGCCGAGAAGGCAGAGGAUGACGACACGGACGAGGAAGAGGAUAGGAUACUGUCGUCAGUCGGUGAGGAAGAGCUCGUCAGGCAUGAAAUUUUCUCGGAAUGA